AUGGCUACUCUUCUGGAAAACAUCAUUGCCAUCAUUAAUGCUUUCGAACAAUAUUCAAGAAAGGAUAAGGAUAAGGAUACACUGAGCAAAAAUGAACUGAAGGAACUCCUGGAAAGAGAAUUUCAACCAAUCCUGAAGAACCCAGAUGAUCCAAAUACUGCUGAGGUCGUCAUGUAUGCCCUGGAUCUAGAUCACGAUGAAAAAGUAAACUUCACUGAAUAUUUUGUGAUGAUACUAAAGUUGGCUCAGGCAUAUUAUGUGUCUGCAAAAAAGCACAACAAGAAAGGAUCAGUCUCAAAGAAUAAAAAGCACAGUCAAAAGAAACACAAUGAAAGAGAUGAACUAGAAGAUGAACAUUCGGAAGAAGAAAGAAGAGAAUCCAGACAUUCGAAAAGGCAUGGGCGGGAGGAGGAAGAAAGUCCAUUGAGCACAAACACAAAGAAACACGGAUCAAGUCAUAAGAAAACUGGAAGAAGACAUGGUUCUCCAAGUGGAUCAAGACAGGAAGUUGAAAAACCACAUCAUCAUCACCACAAUCAUCAUCAAGGAAAACAAAAUAAGAGGAGAAAUUCCACAGAUAAUGGAGAAAGAAAAUAUGAAAUAAACGUAAGUCCAAAACGAGGAGGAAGUGCAAAUGAAGAAAAUGGUUACGAAAAUAGGGGAAGGGCAAGUAAUGAAUGGAAUGGUUCAGAUACUGAAGAGACAGGAUUCACAACAAGGAAAAGAAAACAAGCCGACCAAGAGCAUUCAGGUAAUAGCAGGAGACAUUCUGGAUCCAGACGAGGACAAAAAGCAUCUGGAGGACACAACAAUAGACAUCACACACCCAGCAUCAGUCAGGACAGUGACAGUGAAGGAGAACAGGAAGAGCACCAGAAGCAAGCAGGAUCAAGCCAAAGAAGAUCUGAAGCCAAUACAAGACGACAACAUGAAUCACAACAUGGCCAAGAAGGAGUAAGUUCCAAAUACACUGGUUAUACACUAUACCAGUCACCUCCUCAGAAGCACUCUGAUUCAGCCAACCAGAAACAGGGAGGCUCCAGUGCUACAAGAGAGCAAGGGUCCCACCAGGGACAGGCAAGCGACAACUACAGACACUCUGGGUCUCAUCAGGGCCACACAUCCUCCCAUGGUCAGUCAGGAGAAAGCAGACAGGGAAGACAAGGGUCCCACCAAGGACUAUCAACAGACGGCCCUAGACACUCGGGGUCGCAUCACCACCACACCACACCUCAACAACAGGCGGACUCUUCCCAACAGCAGUCUGGAUCCCACGGUGCCAGGGAACACAGAGGUGACCACGAGCAACGAGGAGACCGCACUAGACAGGCAGGGUCUCAUCACCACCAAACCACUUCACGUGGACACAGCUCAGGUGGACGUGGACCAGCCACCUCGGAUUCUGAGGAGAGUAGACAUCGGGGAUCCAGUGUAAGUCAGGCCAGUGACUCUGAAGGACAAUCAGACGAUUUUGAGGCACAGGCUCGGUCUCCCUCAAGAAACCACCAUGGAUCAACCCGCGGCCAGGCCACAGAUACCUCUCGACGAUCAGGGUCUCAUCAGGGACAGACAGACCAGGGUGCACAGUCACGCUCUCAGUCUGGAUCCCACGGUGCCAGGGAACACAGAGGUGACCACGAGCAACAAGGAGACCGCACUAGACAGGCAGGGUCUCAUCACCACCAAACCUCUUCACGUGGACACAGCUCAGGUGGACGUGGACCAGCCACCUCCAAUUCUGAGGAGAGUAGACAUCGGGGAUCCAGUGUUAGUCAGGCCAGUGACUCUGACGGACAAUCAGAUGAUCCUGGUAGUCAGUCCUUUCAUAACCAUGGAAGGACUGGGUCCAACUUUAGACACAACCAGGAAUCCAACCAGGGCCUGUCAGGAGAUACCACUAGUCACUCAGUUUCAGGCCACGGACAGAGCCAAGUACGACCCCAUCAGAGUGGACAUCAGCAAUCCAGUGUCAGUCAGGAAAAUGACAUUGAAGAAUCUCAUUCUAACCAUCCUACAAAAGAUGGAUCUAGGUUCUACCAUGAAAGUGGCACAGCGCGGCAGGCGGACAGAGAAGGGGGCGUGGCCACGGUGCGAACUCACAGGCCUGGCAGCAGCCUGGGUACCCAAAGAGACCAGCAGGCGCCAGCCAGCAUCCAGGGCUCCUCCCAGGCUGAUGGGCGCUCUCUCUGGCGCAAGCGCAAACAGCGGUAUCACUCAGAGAUCCGAAGUCUUAAUGGUGGCGGAAGAAGAGCUUCCCAGAACUCCAAGGCCAAAGACAGGGGAGGUUAA